AUGUCAAUAAAGGUACUGGUGGAAGGUGAGGUACUAAAUAUUGUAGCUGCAUAUGCUCCCCAAGUGGGUUGUAGCCAAGCAGAGAAAGACAAUUUUUGGACUUCCCUAGAAUACACUCUUCAAUUAAUAUCUCCUAAAGAAACUACUUUACUGGGAGGUGAUUUAAACGGCCACAUCGGAGAAGCAAACAGCGCUUUCAAAAGGGUGCACGGAGGUUACGCAUACGAAACACUAAACGAUGCUGGUAAAGUCAUUCUCUCCACGGCAGCAGCCUUCGAUCUUGCUAUUGCCAAUUCCUUCUUCGCUAAAAAGAUCGAACAUCUGAUCACGUAUAAAAGCGGCCAAACAUCUUCACAGAUUGACUACAUACUAAUCAACCGAGCUCACAUUGGCCGUGUAACAAAUUGUAAGGUUAUUCCGGGAGAAUGCGUCGCCCCCCAACACCGUAUUGUUGUAAUGGACGUGCUAUUCAAACGACAUCCCAAGGAAAAACCAACUCAAAUUCCUGAACUCACCAAAUGGUGGAACCUAAAAGGUGAGAAAAUUCCCGAGUUCUGUGAACAUCUUGCUGAUUUAAAGGUUGAUGUUAAAUCAGAUAUUGACAACAUAUGGGAACAUUUACGAUUUUAA